AUGACGCAGCUCGACGUUGCGACGAAAACUCCCGAGAGCGACGCUCCUGAGAGCGUCACUGAGCCCGUAACCGAAAACACCUCCGCUGCCGACACGCCGGCGCAAUCGACCAGCCCUACCACGACUAUGGGAGGCGCUGGAGAGCACAGCGAACAUUGCGUGUCGGACCGACCAGCUCCGGCCGGUCAGUCCUCGACCGGCGAGAUCAUCAAGAUUAACGAUGUUGAAACAUACAUCUCGAAACCCGCCGACUACCCUCAUGCCCCAGCCAGACUUUUACUCCUCUUGACAGGAGGCACAGGUCUGAAGUCGGUAAACAACCAACUUCAGGCCGACAAGUUCGCCAGCGAGGGCUUCGUGGUCGUCAUGCCCGACCUCUUUAACGGCGACCCCGCUCCCAACUCUUCUACGAUCGACAACAGCGAGGACACCGGAUCGUUCCUGGACACUUUCAAGAUGAAGAUUGUCGAGACGGCGAAGAGCUUCCAGAUCGACAUGUGGUUGGCACGACACACCGAGGAGAAGGUUCUGCCGAUCUUAUACAAAGUCAUCGAGGGCGCUAAGGAGAAGUUUGGCGACGCGGUGAAAAACGGCGAUGGCAUCUAUGCUGUCGGCUACUGCAUCGGAGGACGUUACAUUCUGCACCUGGGCUCCGAUAAGAAGGUUGCAACUGGAGGACAGGAGCCUGCUGACGCCGAAGCUGGCGAAGUCAAGACUGGUCCCUUCAUCAAGGUCGGCGCGAUAGCACACGGCGCUUCUGUUGUUCCCGACGACUUCACCGGUGUCAAAGUACCCAUAUCUCUCGUAUGCGUCGAGAACGAUCCCCUCUUCCCUGAGGAGGUCAGAAAGUAUGGGGAGGACGUCAUGUCGAAGGCAAACUUGGAACACGAGGUCCAAGUCUACCCUGGCGUUCCGCACGGCUUCGCUGUUGUUGGUGAAUAUCAAGAUGGAUCAAUCAAGGAUGCUCAGAGCACCGCAUACGAGCAAAUGCUAAAAUGGAUCAAGGACCACUAG